AUGGAGAAACUUAAAGACGACGGCGCCAAGCUGUCCGAUGUGGAAGGCGUAGCCACCGGACACCCCCGGGGCGCUUUCCACAAAGACGCGCCAGCCGAGAGCGUGGCCAGUUGGAAGACCUGGGGCCGCGCAGGUGGCGGGAGGCGCAAACACUGUGGGGCGACGGAAGGCGUCGCGGGAAAAGCGGGCCGCCCGCCUUAUGAAUGGCGGCAGGCGCAAGACCCGCGAGCGCGCGGCGCCACCGCUGUGGGGGCGGGCGGCGCAGCAGCUGGCCGCGCAACCCCCUUCCAAGGAUGGGCGGAAGAAGGAAAGAAGGGCCCCCGCCCUGCUAUGCCCAGCACCGCCAUGCCCAUGGUGGCCGGCGCGGAGGGACACACGCCGCUGGCGGUCGUUCGGAAGGCUCUGGCGGAGUAUACAGGGGGCGCCUUCAUUGUUUCGGCGGACGAAGGUGCGCGCCAGGGUCGCCGUUGGUCUGAUGGCGCGGCCGGCCUUCGCCACCCUGUUGGCGAAUGGCCUGCGACCCGCACGCGCUUACCCUUUCGGCGGGUACCGGGG